AUGCCCAGCUACCUCCGGCGCCGCACCAAAAUCCCCGUGCCCGCCGUCCAUGGUUUUGGCAAUGCCAGUGACCCUCCUGCCCCGGACAACCCGACCGGGCUUGCUUUUCUGCUGCUCGACUACGUCCCCGGCAAGAUUCUGCCGCUGACCGAGCUCCUCGAAAGCCCGGAGGACACCAAGGUCCACUUUUACCGCCAGCUGCUGGACAUCUACGCCGAGCUCUACGCCCAGAAAUUCGACGCCAUCGGCUCGCUCAUGCCCGGCCCUGCCGACGACGAGCCCAUCCUCGGCCCCUUACAGUCCAUCCAGCAAAACGACUUGCACAUCCACGUGAACUGGGGCCGCGCUGUCUCCCUGUGCAUCGAAAGCGACGCCGACCUGGCGACGCCCACGUCCUUUAAAAACACCUACCGCCGCGAUUUGGCACGCCGCGAGCGCGAGAGGAGCCGUGCCGUCAGCGCCCAUGACGUGGCUGUGCCGCCCGCCCGCAUCUUUGCGUCAGCCGCCGACUUUGUCCACCACCAGUACGCCCUGAUCUUUGAGCUGUUCAAGAUGCCGUCCAAAGUCAUGCAGCCCGGCGCCGCCGAGGCCGAGGUCUUUGCCUUGCACCACCUGCGCAGCAUCGUCUUCUCCAGUAUGCGCCCCUCUGAAAACCUGGGGCCCUUUGUCCUGUCCCAUCCCGACUUGCGUUGGUCCAACAUUAUCGUAGAGGACAGCCACGACUGUACCGAUGCACCCAAUGCGUCCAAUGCACCCGACGCAUCCUGCAUACAGGGUCACAGAACCUUUACCAUCCGCGCCAUCCUCGACUGGGAAUUUGCGGGUACCGUCCCCCCGCAGCUGUUUCUGCCUCCCUUUUGGCUCACAGGCUUGCCCGCCGAACUUUUGGGCUGGCCGAGCUACGAAUACCGGUACAGAGAAUGCCAGAGGAUCCUCGUAUCCCUCGCUGCGUCGUCGGCCCACUGCCGGGACCUGGCCCAAGCAUGGACCGAGGACUUGGCCACGACGCUCGAGUUUGCUGCAGCGUCGGUGCUUCGUCACCACAACGAAGCGCUCGAGCUGCAUUGGAAGCUGGUGUACAAACUCUGCCGCUACAGCAUCCAGCCGGACGAGGCCAAGCGCGACUUUGUCAAGAUGCACGGGCAAAACAGCCCCUGGGGACGCGACAUCGAGUGGCGCAUGGCCCUCUCGCAAAUGUACAGGAAGUAUCUCGUGGAGAACAAUCUGUGGACAGAACCAGAGCAGCCCGAGGUAUUCGGCAGUGCUGCUGCACUCUCUACCACGCUUCCCAGAACGUCGGAAAGCCCCAACUUGCCUAGCGCAGAUUGA